AUGAUUGUUCCAUCGUUGAACGGCCGCCUUUUCUCCUUCCUCUUCAUUUUCCUCACCGUUGGUCAGCUGUCGCACCCAUCACCAGCCGAGGCAUUCGCCACAAAGAUAGAGCCCCACAGCCGUGAAUGUUUCGUGGAGUCCGUUCCGGCAGGUGCCUCCCUCGCCUUUCUCUUCCGCGUUACUGAUGGUGGGUCAUUCGACAUCGAUGCCGUCAUGACAGCAACAACCGUUGCCCCACUCGAAACGCUGGAUGACACAUCGCGCCUGCACUUCAGCGAAAAGUUGCGGCCGUUGCGAGACAACGCCCAAACCACCGUCAUCAAUGAGUGGCGUCGUGCCACGGAGGGCAGUCAGACUUACACCGCUCCCACUGUAAGCGAAACCAAGCAUGGGUUACCCGCGGAGGUUACGGUCUGUUUUGACAACAGCUUCGCCCGCCGCUCGCCCAAGUGGGUGUCUUUUCAGUUCCUCCGUCACGAAGGACUGGAGGAAGACCCGCAGGCUAGCAUGACAGCUGAGGCAAAAGUAGAGGCAGAGUUGCAUAAGCAUGGCUCAGUCCUAUUUGAACUGGCGACUGCAACGGAGCGGCUGCGGCUGGUUGGGGAAUCAGAUCGUGUAAAGCAUGAAUCUCUUGCACGUAUCAUACAAGCGGGACUCAUUGGAAACAUCGUGCUUUUGGCGGUGAUGGCGGUAUAUCAGUACCGAACGCUAACGAGGUUCCUUCUGCGGUGUAAGCCUCAGUAG